AUGAGUAUCCCCCGCACACCAGAGAGGAUGGAACAGAAAUUUUAUCUGGCAUCCAAAGAGACUGUUAAGCCAGUCAUCCGCAUGUUCUUAGGCCAGUUGACGGCACAAAACUGGCAGAGACUGGAGACUGGGCGUCUUGACCAAGAUACAAGUACUCGUUUGACAGAUUUGGCUGUAGAUAUUAUUGAAAUUUUGGCUAAAAUUCUGCACGGGUCUCUCAACGCAAGACUUGAAAUACAGCAAGACCCGUCACCAGGAUCUGUACAAUCUGUGUGUAAGGAGGACGUGCACAAAUGUUUAGGUAACACGGGUGAAGUCAUCACACAGACUGUGGCAGAGAUACAGGGUGUAGGUGACAUCCACUACCCUGAGUGCGGGCAGGUGACAGAGCUCAUGGUCACAGCAGUCACAGAGAAAGUAAAUUCCAGGCUGUCUAAAACAAGUGACUCUGACGACUCAGAGGAGCACAAGACCCCUUACACUCAUCUUAUCAAAUUGACUAAACACUUCCAGAAGAUUCUCAAAUACUGCUCCAAAAAGAUGAAGAAAAUGUUGGCUAAAGCUGAGCAGGAGUUUAAAAAAUUCAAAUCAGCCUGCACUGUGCAGGAAAAGGAAGAGGUGGUGGUAUCCACUCAGACCUCUGUAACUUCUCUGCAAGAAGAGAAACCAGGCAAGGCUGAGUCUUCAGUCAACAAACACCUGUCUAUUCUUCAAGCAACCAAGGAAAUCCUGGAGAAACAACUGGAAGAGAUUGCUAAUGAUUUUCAGAGUCACUCCACAGAGGAAAAAGAUAGCCUGCUCCUUUCUACAACCAGCAAGGACUCCGAGUUAUCGGAGUUAUCAUUUCAGAUUGUAGAUGCUUUUACAAAUGAGGCUCGCAAGGACCUGCUUGAAGAGAAACAAUCAUCCACAAAAGAGACCUCAAGACACAACAGGAGAAGGCUCAUCAACAGGAUGAAGAGUGUCUUUGUCCGAACAGUUGCUCGAGAGUCAAUCAUGAACAUGAUGUCUGCAGUCAGACGCAAGCAGGCCUGUCAAGGACAAGAAGUUGUGGAACUAGACACAUCCCAGCUGAUUAAGAGUGUGGAUAAUCUUUUAACAGAGGCCAUUACACCAAAAGAUCAGGAUACAAGAAGUGGGUCAAGAGAGGUUUGCCUCUUUCAGAAGAUAGCCAGCGACAUUUCCAAUGGCACACUGGAAAGUUUUGCUGAGAAGCUGAGUGACACAUUGGCCAAUCACUUGACACCACUAGAAGAAGAAACACACAGAGAGGAGAUUCGGACUGAAGUUGACAAUGUCAUUAAACAGAUGUGGAAUUGGUUGAAGAAGCAGAUCCUCCUGCGCAAGACAAGGAAGGACAGUGUGAGCAUGACUCUGAGAGAGGUCAAGAAAGUUGUGCUCAAUGAACAUUCAGGUCUCAGUUCCCCCAAAACAGAAGCUGAGGAUCAGACCUACCCCACACCUGUGCAAGAGGAGGUUCAAAGCGUCACAGCUGAGGAAGCGGAAGAAGAGGCCUGCAAUGCUAGGGAGGAAAAGAAAGAGGCCUGCGCAGAUGAGGAGGAGGAAGAAGAGGCCUUCUCAGAUGGGGAGGAAAAGGAAGAGGCCUGCGUAGAUGAGGAGGAUGAAGAAGAAGCCUUCACAGCUGAGGAGCAAGUAGAACAAGUUCAGGUGGCAAAAGCAUCAGGUGAAUACACGGAAUCUGUUCUCCGGAAGUGGGACCUACUGACUUGUGAAGUCAUUGUGAGGCUGUUCUUACGCAAAGUCACGAAAGAUUUUUUCCCCGAUCUGAUCUACAAAUCAGUGGAAGCCAGACUGAGAGACCUGCUGUUUGAAAAGAUGAUUGGUACUGACGUUAAUGUGGAUUUGAGCCUGAAAAGCAUGCAAAAGAAAUGCAAAGCUGUGUACAAAGAACUAUGCAAAAAGUUUGAUGGCACAGUUCUUUUGAGAAGUCUCUUGGAACAGGAUCAACCAGUCGUUGAGGCUGUGGUUGAGGCCCUAAAAGAGCAUUUUUCAUCAGAAAGACCCAGCGGCAUCCAAAAGUUCUUCAGAUGUCUUGUCUUACCUUUCACUGUUUUAUUGGUUGUGACUAAUCACAUUUCACAAAUUGGCCCCACUGUACGGCAAGUAGUGAAUGAAGUCCUAGAUGGAUAA